AUGGCGGAACUACCGCCAGCAUCGUCGACGCCUCCGCUCCAAUCCGAUGACGAGAGGGAGGAGAUGCUGGAUAGGAUGUUGACUGGCCUGGCUUUGGCGGACGAUUCCAAGCUGAAGAUCCUGCUCUCCAAGAUUCUUCCCUAUUCCAUCUCCUCACUUGCAUCCCCCUCCCCAUCCAUCAGGAAACUGGUAUUUCUGCUUUCCGCGCCUCUCUGAGACAUGUGGGCGUGUUUUGAUGGCAGUUACGCCCCCGGAUUUUGUGUUUCUCUCCGAGUCAUGUUACUCUCAUGCAUUUGUAGAUUUUUCCUCUGAAUUUUUGCGGAAGGCGUCCUAUCUUAGUCAUUGUGCAUAAAAGCCUAUAGCAUGCAAUCCCUAUUACCAUUCCUUAUAGUCUCCUUUUGGUAUCCGUCUUAUCAACUCCUCGAUUUAAAUAUUGGCAGGUAAUGGAGAUUCUGUCUCAUGUGAACAAGCGAGUGAAACACCAACUGGAAAUCCAGCUUCCCUUGUUGGAGUUAUGGGCAAUGUACAGGGAAGACAAUGCUGUUCCAAUUGUGAGAAAUUUCUGCAUCGUUUACAUCGAGAUGGCAUUUGAUCGUCUGCCUUUAGAGGUCAGUCUUUCAUUUCUGUAGUGUUAAAAUUUGCUCCGUUGGCAAGGUUUUGUGCGUACCAAUUAUUUCGGUCCUCCAUCUUCUGUCUGUCAUCAUUUAAAGGAACUUUAUGUUGUAUACCAAACUUCAAUAAAUUCAUGGAGGUCGCAUUUAUUUUUUUUUGGCGAAAGAAACACGGUCAGUCUAACUGAGAGGUGAAUAUUGGCACCAUUACUCGACUAGAACUAUUCUUUCUGGUAUGAGAAAAAAAUUCGCUAAUGUGAAAAAUUCACUGUUAUUUUUCAAAUUUAAUCUUCGUAUGAAUGGGGUCAUUUGGAGUUUGUUAACGUCGAAAAUUCCUCCUAAUAAUAGUACAUGCAAGUCAGGUCCCAGAGUUUCUCUCUUGUUUGCUUAUUAUUUUAAUUAGAUCCAAAUUAUAUGGGAAUAAAAACUCCUUCCCAUUGACAGGAGAAUCCCUCACUUUUGUAGAUUAGGGACAGAAAGAGGUACAUAGCUAGUCGAAUUCCAUUUCUCCCUAUCUGAUACUCUUUAUUCACCUUUGGUAGAUUAGUUGAAAUGAUUGGACAUUGAUUUUUGUGGAUCCUGGUUGAUGAAACUAUUGACGCUACUUCAUCUCCGAUUCACAUCUUUCAUUUGGCUUGGAAUUUUUUACUCUUUGCUCUUUACAGAUAAGGUUUAGCUGGGGACGAAAUCUUUCUUACAGAACACUACUAUGGGUUCCUUCACUUCCUCUUUCUUUGUUUCUUUUGUAAAUUCUAGCUCUCUUCAUUCACGUUUUUCUCCAUCUUAGGACAAGCACUGGAAACAGUAACUGAAUGAACUUAAUAUUUUCCUUCAUUCCAGAUUUUUAAUGUACGUCCAUCACUUUCCCUCGUUUUGAUGUCUUUAUUCUACCUGACGUUAUUGUGUUAUCUCUCAGUAUUUUGUAUUCCCCUUGUUCGAAAACCUAUCAGCACAUUUGGCUAUCAGUACUCAGUGUCUUUAUGAAGUAAAAUCCAAUGAGUCUUUGCAUGUAAAGGUUUGGAAGACAGAGAAAACAGUAAAGAUAAAGCUCCUUGAGGACCUUAUGUUUUAGAAUGUAAAUUAAUUCAUCUUUUAGGAAAAAACUACUAUGAUUCAGAUUUAUUAGGAGAUUUUCUUUUUGAUUUGCAAUCAAUGUGCCCACCUAUGGAGCUGGUUGAGCUUAAUCAAUCAGACAGACACUAUUUUAUUUUAAUUUAUAUUAUAAAUAAUAUGGACAAUCUUUGGAAGGAACAUUUUUGAAUCUUAAAAUAUGUCAGAACUCUACUCUAAAUGAUCAGUAAGCCAUCAGGAACCCCUAAACUGUAGUGUUACAUGUCUGCAUUGAUAGAUUCGCAAGACAUAUUUGUGCUGCCCAGGGAUAGAGUGACGGAAAGUCCUCUUACCUGAACUGUCGUGGACAAUCUGGAGAGAAUGCUAAGAAAAACAAUUUAAUAUUUACUGAAAGACAAACAAAAGUUAUUAACAAAACUACUAGAAAAUGGAGAUGAACGAACACACCUUCUUGGUUAUUUUGUAUUUAUUUCCUUCUUAUGUUUGUUUCACCAAUUCUCUGAUGUGCACAAAAAGUUUCGCGGAAUUUCGUUUCUUUUUAUAUGUUUUUUUCAGUUACAUUUUUUGCUCUUUUUUUUCCAUAAUUGUGAUUUUUUUUCCCCUAAAACGCUUUGUUGUAUGGUACAGACCAAUGUAUUAGUGUUGUGCAUUAUUCUUCUCUGAACAGUAUUGUGUUUUCUACAGGAAAAGGCAAACUUGGCACCCGAAUUUGUGACAAACAUUAAAAAGCUUCCUUCUCAGCAUCAGGAUAUCUUAUUGAGAAAUGUUUUGAAGGUAUUAAUAUGUUAUAUGCCAUAAGAUCGUCAUCAUAUUGUCAAUACGAUUGUCACGUACUAAAGCCAGUUGUUAUUUUUACUCUGGUCAAUGGUAAUUUCCUGGCAGAGAACCUAAUCCACUUUUGUCAAUGGUUUGAAGUGUUUAUAAAAGCCAUCUGUUGAUCGAGUUUGAUGAGAUUCCCGAAUCCAAUGCCUUGGAUCGCUUGUGCUUGCAGAAACGUUCAACCUUGGGUCAUGGUGCCAUGCUUUAAAUGUCAAAAAUGCUUGAUAUCUUUUUUGGCUCUAUUAGACUCACUAAUUCCAAAUGAACGAAGCAUUAAAUUAGUUGUUGGAGUCUAGUUAAAAAUUCUCAAAAAGUGUCGUUUAUUAAAAAAAUCGAAUUUUCUCUGUUCUUGUAACAAUAAAAAGGUAUACAUUUAAUUAGAACGUAUCUUGAAUCCAGUUUUUCCUGGUACUUCGUGUUCUAGAUGACUGUACAUGUAACCUUGCAUGUUUGAAUCUUGGUUCGUUUCAGGUAGUUGGUGAAUGCCAUUCAGCUCGGAUUGAUGAAACCAUUGGAAAUAAAUAUAAACUGAUUGUGGACGAGGGGGAUAGACAAGUAUUUGUUGAUUUUUGUCUCUGGACACUUUUAUACCAACCACCGUCACUUGGGUAAGUCUGUCAUUGUGGCUUACAGUUUGCAGUAUUAGUGUUUAUUUCUUCUAGUUAUAACCGUGGAAUAGAUGCUUUUUGCAGCACUGGAUGCUCACUGGGACUUUCUCCUGCUCAGUCUGAUCGUGUUACUGGUAAGCUUCCAUUGAAGGGUGAUCUGCUUAUAAUGAGAAAGGUAAGUCAGUUUCUUAUUCAGCUUUAUAAUCCUUUCGCGUUUGUCAAUACCAAGAACCUCAUGUUGGUUGGAACUGUUACAGAUUGGCAUUCUGAAUGUAAUAGAUGCUCUAAAUCUUCAUCCCGACGUUGUCUAUCCACUCUAUUUGGCCGCUUGUUCCGAUAGGUAAGGAAUGUUAGAAAUUGUUCAAGCUCUCAUGGUUCGCUUGUGAUGUUUAAUUAUAACGGAACUUUUUCAUUUUUUGUUGUUCAAGUCAUGAGUCCGUUGUCAAGAGAGGAGAAGAGCUUUUAAAACGAAAAGCUUCUGGUGCCAAUUUAGAAGAUCCCAAAUUGAUCAGCAGAUUGUUUUUUCUAUUCAAUGGUAAAUUGUUCUUUUUUUGUUCCAGUUUACCAAUUUUCUUUUUCUUAACCUUGGUUCCAUUGGUCUUCAAUUGAAAUCCUGUUGUGGGGGUUUAUGCCUAGUUUUUAGAUUACUAGAUUUAUGCCUAGUUUUUAGAUUACUAGACACGAAUACAUGUGCAGUUUUUAUUUUUUAUGUUCUAUCACAGAUCUCAUAUUAUCUCUUUUUUCAUGAAAUAAAAGAUCUGGAUUCUCACUUUGCACGCACAUUCUUCUACUAUUACUGCUUACAAUCAUUGAUGGCAAGAGUAAUCUAGCAACAAAUUAACGAAAUUUCUGAAUCUAAAGAGGCAACUAAGUUGUUGGUAAAGGCUAUUCUCCAUCAAGAAUUUCUUCAAUCUGCUAAAAUAUAAAUCCUGUAUAUAUCUUUUACCUCUUUUGUUUAUGAUAUACUCCAACGUGUGGUUUCAGCUAGAAUAAAAUCAGAGUUUCCCUUUGGAUUCGAAUUUCCUUUUCAUUUUCAUAUUCAACUUACGUAAACCGCAGAACCUUUGCAGAGGUGUAGUUAUUGGUCAUAUAUAUAUAUAUAUCGAUGUAGAGCUGCAGCACAUAUGAAAAAUAAGUGCUCUCUAUUCUCCAGAAUGAUAUUAUUGAGUAGGCAUGGCUACAUACACGUGCUCCCGUGUUUUUUUUCUCAAGUUUUGAGUUUACCAAGUAAAAGCAACUGGAAAAUGAAUUUCCAUUUUGCCAUGCUCUCCAGAAAGUCUUGACCUGUCUGAACUUUAAGGGCCCAACGUUUUCUUUAUAUUCUGUCAUGUCAUGCAGUUUGACCUCUAGCCUGUGGAAACCUUAAAGGUUGUCUUGUCCACUUCGCUGCAUAUAAAAUUUCUUUGGAAGAUGGAAUCAAAACUAAGCGCUGAUUUUGAAAGAUGAUGUGGCGACCUAUUUGUAAUAUUUUCUUGAUCAGCAUCAACUAUUCCAGAUGAAAGUUUCUGUUGGAAGAGGAAGAAACUUUAAAACCAGUUAGUCUGUCAUAUUUCCUAAAACUCUUCUGUAGAAAUUGUUAAGAUCUUCUGAUUCUACUCGUGUCUUUGAAGUGUGUAUAAUUUUCGAACGCUCUGACUUUGCUAGAUUUCAUCUUUGAUGACCAGUCAUCAUUGAUGCCAAAGGAGUUGGACUUGGACAGGUGGCCCCCUGAAAGGUUCUGUUUUUUUCUCGCUCAUGUCAACUGUCUUCAGUGACCAAUGUCUCCGCAUCUUGUAUAACUUUAUCACAUUCAUACACUACCUAGCACUGUGGCCAUUUCCAAAUACCUUGGACAUUGCUUUUUCUUAAAAUUAACGGAGGCCACUUGGAGAGAGAGUUUCGGAGGUGUCCCUAACAAGGAUCUCCCAUUAUUUGUUUUCACCACGGUCCAAUCAUUGGGAUUAGAUUUGGUGGGCAUUUUUAUCAUUGAAUCUGCCUCCUUGACUCCUACCUUCUUCCUGUUUAUACUUCCAUACACCUGGUACACGACCUCUUCUGGCCUCUCUCUUCUCCAUGUCAGUCUAGGUUACCAAAUUUGUCUACUAGAGAAAUCUCUUCAACAAAUAGACUGAUCCCGCCUAUGGGAAUUCUGUAUAUGCUUGCUUUUGCAUUCAAGACUUUCAAUUGGAAAUCAGUUGGGAAAGAUAUGGAUGCACACUUUGUAUUAUCCAUAAUCACUUGCACUGUUCCACAAUGUUCCUGAGCCAUAUGCAAUGCUAGGCAUUAAAUCAAAUCAGUGUUGUAUUUAGCAAAGGAGCUUUGGUCAUCUUAUCUUUUUUCAUCCACGUAGGAAACUUUUUGACCCUGUUAUAUUAACUUGUUUCAUAUAGAAAAAUAUGAACAUUGUUUUGAUAUGAAAAUGACUUAAUGUAUAUAUCUUUGUUCAGGCUCUGCUGGAGUUGAAAAUGUUCCUAAUGAACUCAAAGUCACCCCUGGUAGCCCUACAUUGAGGACACGGCUUAUGUCUAUAUUUUGCCGAUCUGUCGCUGCAGCAAACACAUUUCCAUCUACAUUGCAGUGUAUCUUUGGCUGUAUCUAUGGUUCGUUUUUUAUUUGAUUAGAACACUCCAAAGUUUAAAAUGUGUGGUGCGUCAAUAAUAAUAUUUUUUUCUAUUAUGCGAUUUCCAGUCUCUGAUCUACACUAAAGUGGUUUUUGAGUAUUAUCUCCAAAGACUACUGUGGAGGAUUGAAAUCCCAUGCUUGCAUUUUAUGGAUGUGUUUUAUUUAACUUCCUCUAGUUGCACUUCUCAAGUUGAUGAACACUUGCGAAUAUGUCAUGUUAUGACAUUUGUUUCGUGGUUGAGCUUCUCUUAACAAGACAAGGUCUGCUUCACAACAAGUUUACUUUUACUUCAGAAAGGAUGAGAGAAAAUAAAAAAAUGUAGCAAUUACAUUCCAAUGAUUAGGAUCCAUCAAUAAGACGUGCUUAGCUACGUCAAAAGGACUUCUGAUUCACCCAGCACUUGAGAAGAGUCAUGAAUCUUUUAGACAAUCGAUAUAUUGGUUUUCUUGAUGUUUCUCAUUCAUACUAGGUUAUUUAAAAUCCUUGGUGAAAAGCUUGACAUGGUUUAGAAAUCUCUUUUUUCAGCUCUAAACAUAGUUUGGAAAUCUAUCUGAAUUCUAUUUCUGUUAUUGAAUUCUUAUGUGAUGAAUGCCAAUGGAUGUCUGUUAGGUGUUGAAAUCUUGGGCAAUGGCUACUUGCAAGGUCAAUACUUAGGUUGAUUGUGUGUCUGAGUUUUUACGUUGGAAUCAAGUUGCCAACUACUCUAUCAGCACCUUCACCGAUUUGGUCAAUGUUUCUAUUCAAGAUUGCAUUUUAUUACACAUAGUAGCAUAAUUUCUGUAUGAACUUGUCUAUAAUUUCAAAGGGUCUAAUGUAUUAUAUUGAUUUCAUCAUUUAGACAUUUUUGAUCUGGUAAAGCCUACGUUUCUCUCCCUAAAACUCCUGCAGAAAACCAAUACAACUUAUUAUAGUGAUUAUAGUUUUCUUAUCAUUAAAAUCAAAAAAAAAAUUCAACACUAACUAUUUGUCUCAAUAUUUACGCCCCUUUCCUGAGUUUUUGUCUUCGACCAUCUAUGUAAUGAUAAAAGAAAGAAAAUUCAAUCUUCUAUUUCGUUUCAUUAUUGGCAAAGUAGGGGGUCAUAUAAUUCUUCAUGAAGUACCAGUGUCAUUUUGUGUGAACCUUCUUUCUGGUUUCACCUUGACAUUUUCAAUCAAUCAAUCAUAAUUAAUCUAAAAAUUAUUGAAUUUUUCUUUUGCAAUAAGUACAUUCGUUGAUGUAUGUUCUGGAUUGUAGUAUAAUACUAACAAACUUUUACAUUUCCUCCAAGAUGCCAAAAAUUAUUGGAUGAUGUUUCUGUGUAUGUUUUUAAUGCAUGAUUGACAUAUGUAUGCAUGCUCAUUUCUCUGCGGAUUAUUAUAGUAUUAUUUUUUGUCCUUGCCACAUUCUAUCUGACCCUAGCUUUUUUAUAUAUAUUUUUUUGUUUAUUAUCAUUAUUGGAUUUUUUAUCUUUAUAUCUUAUGUCUCAUUUUUUUCACUUGUGGCCUGCUAGUUCCAAACAUGAAUUUUACCACAAUUGUGAAUGAUGCAUAAAGUAAUCUUUGUUAGAUUUUGGUUCAUGGAUAGGACUUUUGCUCAUUAUUCCAUUUAGGUAGGAAAUGUAGUAGGGGUUUUUACUAGACUUUCAAGCUCUGAGGCAAUCCAAACUGGCUUAAUGAUGAUGAUGAGUGCAAGACAAAGGUGGAAAUAAUGAUUUCUUGUUAAAUUGGCUUGCAUGAGAACUCAUGCAUUUUUUUUUUAGGAUACAAUACUUAUUAUUUUUAUUGUUCUCGAAUGUACUUCAUUGUAUUAUUGCCAAGCUACAAUUUAUUUCAUUUGUCAAGCAUACCUGAAUUAGUGUGGGGGGUUAACAAAUGGAUUUGACAUCUUGAGGAGUAAACUCCAAGAUGGAUACCAAAGUGAAUGGGUGGUCCUCAGGGUUGUGCUAGGUGACUUGAUUGGGUAGUUUUGGUUCAGUUCAGUUAGAUACUUGAAUCAAUUUAGACAAACUGGAUGAACUAGUUCAAAUAUCUAUAUUGAUUCAAAUAUUUGGUCCAGUUCAUAUGGUUUUCUAAAUUGAUUCAAAUAUCAACAUGAACUAGUCCAAAACUACCCAAUCCAGUCACCUGAUACAACCUUGAGGACCACUCAUUCACUCUGGUAUCAUCUUAGAGUUUACUCCUCGAGAUGUCAAAUCCAUUUGUUAACUAACCCCCCACAAUAAUUCAACUAUGCUUGACAAAUGGAAUAAAUUGCAGGUUGACUAGAAUCUAAUGGAGUAAAUUCGAGAAUAAUAAGUAUUGUCUCCAAAAAAAACCAUUUUCAGGUUGACUAGAAUCUAAUGGAAUAAAAUCGAGAAUAAUAAGCAUUGUGUCCAAAAAGAACAUACACAAGAGUUAUCAUGCAAGCCAAGAAGUUCAAACCCCUCAUAGAGUCAGUUAAAAAGAAAACAUUAUUUCCACCUUUAUCUGACCCCCAAAUUGGGUUGGCUUGGAGCUUUGAAGUCCAGUAAAAACUCCUACUACAUUUUCUAGCUAAAUGAAAUAAUGAUGCGAAUGUCCUAUGCAUUCAUUCACAAUUGUGGUCAAAUUCCUGUUUGAAACUAGCAGGCCACAAGUAAAAAAAUGAUGCAUACGAGAAAUCACAUGUGAUUUAAAGGUAAACUACCCAGCUUAGGGCCAACCAGAGCAGGUCGGAUUGGCCAAGAAUUGGUUGAUCGGACUGACCCUUCUGGUUUCUUUUCACUCAUUUCAUCAGUUGAUUAAGCCCUGAAAUUUUUUGAUACAUGCCCCAAACCCUGACCCCCAAAUUGGAUAAGCCAUUGCUAGUUCCAAGUACCGUUGAUGCAUGUCCUGGUUAAUGUCUGAGUAGUAUAUUGUGUUUCAUAUAUAAGCGAGCAAUAAUGGUCUGGAUCAUCGUUGGACCGAACAGGGAAACCUUAGAAUUCUCUGGGAAUUGAUUUUUUAAGUCACCAAGCUUGAUAUUUGAGGAAGAUGACUGUGGUGAUGAUGUUUAUCAUUGAAGUAACUUUUGUUGAGGAUUGUGUGACAAGGAUGAUUGAGUAUGUAGUUUCCAGAAUAGUAACUAUGACCUCUUCAAUUCUAUUUUGAGGCCUACUAGUUUGCUAAGUUUUUACUGCUAAAUACACUACGGUUCAAGCAAAUAAAUUGAUUAGUUUGAUGAAUCUGGUACUUGACAGAAAUCUUCAAGAUUUAUUGAAGGGAGAUACCUGACAGCUUUAUGGCUGCUAUUGAGGCCAUCCAAUAUCAGAAAACAAGGGGCAUUAUCUGUUUUAGUUAACCUUGAUUUUGAGGAAGCACGUAAUGUAAUUAUAUGGAAUUGAGUACUGACCUUUCUUUUUAAUUGGAUCCAGUCAAGUGGGGAUUGAUUGGUUGAUCAAUUCAAUUUCAUCAAUGGCAAACCUUAUGGCUAUUUCAAGACAUCUUGGGACGUGGGAAAAAAUCCUCUAUCUCUACUUAGUUUUUCUUCCUAUUGACAACAUUUUUAACUCAGUUAUACUGCCUUUUAAAGUGUCCUUUGUGGGGGGUUUGUAAUGUGCUGCUGUACGUUUUCUAUGUUUUAUGCUUUUACCAUCAUAAGUCAUAUCAACCACCUUGUACGAUAUUUGUACGAUUUUAUAGAAAAAAAAAGUUCAAUAUAAUGAUUGAUCUGGUUGUCAAUCUCUAGAAUUCAAAAUUUUGGAACCUCAUAUCGGUAUUAAUUUUUUUUUUGCUGUUGUGUUGCUUCUUUGCACGCAUGUUGGUUGUUUCUUAUCUAUCUCUCAUCUGUUUUUCAGCUUUAUUCUGGGAAGGACGCCACCUUUCUUACUUUGCCUAACCAGAAAUCUGGUUUAGAUGUAAUUUUCAUAGUUCCAAUCUUUCAAAUUUAGGUAGUGCAACCACUUCGAGGUUGAAGCAGCUGGGAAUGGAAUUUACUGUAUGGGUAUUCAAACAUGUAAGAAUUGGUAUUUUGAAUAGACAUUUGGCAUUCACUUGUUAUUGUGCAUCUAUUAUCAAUCGACCAAGAUUCCUUUUGGAAAGCAACUUAUUCUGCUGAAUGUUAUGGUGUUUGGUCAUAUCCGUCAUAUAGAUGAUUUUGUUCAUAUUCUUGGGAAACACGCAUUUGCCAGUGUUAGAUUCCCGUUCUUCUUGAUGCUGAAUAUGUGGCACUUUCCAUUUGCCGAGUACCAAAUGUCCAACAAGUUAUGCUAUCAUUGUAAAAAUAUUUAUACCCUCAUUCUUUUGUGGAAUGCAUUGGUCUAUUUGUAAGGAAGCAUUGUUUCUCAUUAGUAAGUGAUGGAUGGGAUGGGUAGGGAGGUAAUAGAGAGUCAGAGAGCUCUAUGAGAUGCAGAUAGGUUGAGAAAGCCAGGCCAGGUCUCGUCCAGUUGACAUGCUUGGUUGGGUCGGGAUUUUUACUGGUCUUUUUUUACAGUUGGAGAAUCCACGAGGAAGAGGGAGUUGGAAAGGAGAGAACCGUAGUGCAGCAGUGAAAGAAGAAAAUGAAUAAAGGGGAAAAGAGAAGCUUAUUUUUCAGUCAACAGAGUGUAUGUUAACUGAAAGAAGAUGAAAAGUUUUCUUCAUUGCACCAUGAAUGUAUUCUUUCCUUGUUUUUGUGUUUGAUUGGUCCAUCUUAUAGUAUAUCAAUAAAUUCAUUCCGGUUACCUCCUUUGAGAAAUAACCUUUUGAUAGUUUUAUAUCUUCAGCAACUGAAGGUUUAACUCCACUGAUUAUUGUGUUGUAAUUUUUUUCAUCCAGGCUGUGAUGGAUCAGUUGAAGCUCAUGGGCCCUGUUAUUUUAAGUGGGAUACUGAGAUCCCUUGAUGGCUACUCGAACACUGAACCAGGUCUGCCCUUGUGAAGGGUGGUAGUAAUUACUGAUAAAGCAAUAAAAUUGUUUGUCUCUAGUUUCAUGUGUUCGUUAUGAACAAUCCUGAAAACCACUUCCAUAUCACUCUUCAUAAUGUCACUCCUUGACUAGGUGGUGCUUGCGUAACUAUACCUCAUUUUUGAUACUUUAUUAUGUCUUUUAUCAAGAUAACACAAUAUAUAUUAAUGAUAGCGUAGUAGUUCGUUUGUUCUGGAUAUGGGCAAUGGGUGUUGCCGCAAAUUGAAUGGUGUUGUUUAAGUCUUACAAUUCAAUAGUAGUAGUGUCUUAGAGAUUUGAUAAACAGAUGGGUUAGUUGCCUCCCAGUAUCAGACAUGCUUACUGGCUUGUAAACAUGGUUAAAAGUCCUUGAAUAUCUCUAGAUCUGAACAAAAUAUGUUCUAUUUUACUACCUCUUUUUGAUACUAUGUCUUUCUCUUAUAGUAGGUUUUGUUCAAUUAACGUUCAAGAGCUUUUUAAAAUUAUGUUUCAAAGAAUCAUGGAGCGUUUUUUGUUCACUCUUGUUCAUGUCCAUCAGAACUUCUCUCAAGAGACGUUAGAUCGUUUGCAUUCCAAGCCAUUGGUUUACUAGCAAAUAGAAUGCCACAGCUUUUCAGGUAUGUUUCCCCACAUGUUACACCUUUAUUCAGUAUACUUUCUAAGUGUUCAUUGUUCCCUCAUACGAGAAAACCAUGGGUUGUCUAUGUUCUAGAGAUAAAAUUGAUGUGGCUCUUCGACUUUUCAAUGCAUUGAAGCUGGAGGAUCAAUCUCUUCGCCUCACCAUCCAAGAGGCAACCAACUCCCUUGCAAUGGCCUACAAGGUAUAUCUCAAUUUAAUAUAGUUUGGUACCCUACGUCCACGAAGGUUUUCCAACUACUCUGUGCUCUGAAAAGUUUGCUACUUUUUUUUGGCAGCAUUUGCAUUUUUUUUGGCUUUCACCUUGUACAAGAUUAAAUUUGUAUCGUUAGCAAGUUAUUUUUAUAUUCCUUUCUUCUGGUGUCAUUCUUUUUCUUCUCCAAUUAUACAUCGUGUUCAGUGGUGUUUGUGGUGAUGAAUUCGUACAUUUAAUGUUCUUGUCAUUUCGUUUCUGUCAUUCAAGUGAUUAGCUUACAUUGAACCCUGAGUAUAGACCUUAUGGGAUUAUGUUUUUGGUACAGUAGAAUGCAAAAAGUCUUCUUUGUUGUCUCUUUCCCUUCAGUUGUCUUAACAGCAUAGAUUGUACUUUUAUUGCUCAUGAUGUGAUCCAUCUUGUCCUAGUUCACUGUCUGGUGGCUCCAUAAGAGAUAACCACGAAAUGAAAUAAUCUCCUUCAUUCAGGUGAAGGGUUAGGCUGAAGUACAUGAGAGAGAGGAUGGAUCCAGUUAGUGGGUAAAGGAAAGAAUAGAACUACAAUAAAAGAUAGAAGUGAGUAAAAUUGUAAUACAAUGAAAUAAGGAGACAAAUAAAAACUAUAUCUUCUAACAUGUCCCCUCAAGUUGAUGAGUAGAUAUCAUCCAUUCCAGCUUGUAGACAAGAUCUUGAACAGGCUUGUCCAGCCCUUUGGUGUGAGUAUCUAUUUGCUGACUAGUGGUUGAAAUAUAUUAGUGUACAAAUUAAACCUCUAUCAAGCUUCCCCUUGAUGAAGUGAUGGUCUAUAUAUGUUUAGUUCGAACAUGCUGAAUCGGGUUAGGUGCAAUGCUGAUCACUGAUUUGUUGUCAUAAUAUAGUCGAAUAGUGUAUGCCCACUGAAUUUUUAGGUCCUCACCAAUAGGAUCACAUGAAUACCUUAACCAAUAGCUCUAGAUUCAGAUUUUAUACUUGACAUUGCCAUCACUGACUAUUUCUACUCCACUAGGUGAUGAGAUUUCCUCCUAUGAAAGUACAAUACCCAGAUGUGGACCUCUAGUUAACAAUGUACCCUGUAUAAUCUGCAUUUGUUAUAUAGGAUACCUCGUCUAGCAAUCCCUUUAAGAGAAUGAAGGACCAUUUUAGCUGCUUGUUGAUAAACUCUCUUAGAAUGUAGCAUAAACUGACUAAACACCCCAUACUACAUAAGCAAUAUCUGGUCAGGUAUGGGCUAAAUAAAUUUACCCACUAACCUUUGAUAUGUGUCCUUGUUAAGUACCUCAUCCCCUUUGGUAUGACCCAAUUUAUGAUUGGGAUCAAUCGGUGUGUCUACAAGUUUGCAUGCUGAUGUUUUUGUUUUAUUGAAGAGAUCUAUAAUGCACUUGUGUUGUGAGAUGAAUGCUUGUCUUGGAAUAACCUCAAUGCCAAGAAAGUACCUCAAUUUACCUAGAAUCCUGAUAUCAAACUCCGAUAGAUACAUUGUUAGUGCUUAUAAUUUUUCCUUAUUAUUCUCUAUCAAGAUAAUAUCUUCAACGUACCCAAGUAAUAUAUGUAAUGCCCAUGAGGAUAUUUGAUCAAGAGCAUAUUUUCUCUAUUGCUCUGUUUAUAAUUCAUAGAAGCCAUAUCCCAAUCUCUCAAACCACGCCCUAAGUAAUUGCUUUAGAUCAUAUAAAGCCUUCUUCGGUCUGCAUUUUAUUUUAGUAUUGGACUCCCACAUGUAUCCUGAUUGAAUGCCCAUAUAAAUCUCCUUUUCCAAGUUUCCAUGUACGAAGGCAUUUUUUACAUCAAAUUAUUGAAGAUUCAAUCCAUAAUGUCCCACUAAUGAUAUUAAAAUUCUAACCGAGUUCAUCUUUGCUACCGGAGCAAAGUUCUCCUAAUAAUUAAUUUUUGAGUGUUUCCUUUUUCCCAUAUGUGAUUCUUUUCUGAAGCCAACAUCUCUCCAUGUAUGCCUUGCUUCCAUUUCUCUUGGGUUAAUACUUCUACAAUUGUUGAUGGAAUAGUGAUGGAAUUCAAUCCAGUGAUGAAGGUCUUGUAGGCUGGGGAUAAUCGGUCAGAAGACUGAAUAUUUGAUAUAAAGGUGUCUAAGUGCAUUUUCUAGUAUCUUUCUGAAGGGCAGUAGGCAAGUCAAGUAAGUUGGGUUGGGUUUCUUAUGUAGGUCUGUCCUCUGUAGAUAUCAGUUUAGAGUCAGAGACUUGCUCAGGUGUUGAGGUUUCUAAUCCUCUCUUAGUAUAAACUCUCCCAAAUCUCCCACCCUCGUUAGUAUAAUCAACAACAGGAAAGGCAUCACCUUUCGGAGUAGGAAGUAAGAAUUUGGAGUCACAAUUGGUAACAAUAGGGUCGCAUUUUGGUGAUUUUGAAGAGUUGUCUAGGUAAUAGGAUUCACUUUCAUGAAGGUGACAUCCAUGUAACAAAGAAUUUAUUCUGAAGAAAGAUGAAAGCACUUGUAUCCUUAUAUUGGAAUUAUAAUGUGUAUGAAUGAAACACACCCAAAUAUUAUCAGAGUCACAUUAUUUUUUGAGUUUCACAUUAAUAUAAAAUGAUGAUAAGACUUCUAAUAGGCUUUGAAAGGCUAAUACUUUUGUAGGAAUAUGAGCAGCUAGGUAAUUCAAGAGAGGACUUGGAGAAAUAGUACUCAGCUAUGGAAUUGACUGAAGUAGGAGUCAUUUUAAGAAUUUAUGACAUCCACUGAGAUUUAGACAAGAUUCCCUUCCCUAAACAGUUUAAGUUGCACUCCCUCCUCUGAUACUCAGCAAAGAAGAGACCACAUCAAAGAAAUAUGUCAGAUAUCAAGGUGUUUUCUCCUAGCAGCCACAACAGAACUUUCUCCCAUCACUCUAGAGAAGGAGAUGAUUACAUACCAGAAUCUUCUCAAAGCAGGAUCAAAUCUUGCUUUAAUGACAAGCAUGAUGUUGAUUGUCAACAAAAAAAUUUUGAGAAAGAUCCCUCACACUCUCUCGGGGAACAAAAAAACUCAAAUUUAAUCCACACAUGAUCAUAAACAAGUCGAGUAUAAUGUAAACCCGCGAAAACACCCCAAGAAAAUGAGAUCCGUUGGAGCAAUGCACCUGGGACGUUCUGAUACCAUGAUGUGAUCUAUUUUACCCCAGUUCCCCACCCAGUGGCUUCACAAGUAAAACACCUCAUCUACUUCAUUUUAGGUGAAGGGUUAGGGUUCACCAAUGAGGGACGACAGAUCCAGUUGAUAGUCAACAUUGUAACAGUAGUAGAGAUCAUCUUUCCUCAAAGCUAAAACUGACGAGUCAGGUGAUGCAGCUUGAUUUUUAAUUUACUGUUGAGGUUUGUGUUAAUUUGUUUAGUUUAGUUCCAGAAAAUAUCCUUCUGUAUCUCAUUAUCGACAACCAAGUCCACAGGAUUAUUGUCCCUGGUCAUUCUUACCUUCCCGUAGCCUUUGGUCCAGGGCUGGGGAAUCUCCAGGGCUGUAUAGUGAAGUUUCUUUCUCUUUGAAAGUUUUGCCAUUUCAGUCAUCAAGACGGUUGUGUGUAUUGACGAUAGAUAUUAAAUGAAGGAAUCUAUUUUAUAAACGAAUUUUUUUCUUAACCAGUGGAUUGGAUUUAUUUUGCCUAAAUGUAUAGAAACUACUUGAUGUAAAGCCAUGACAUUAAGCUUGUCUGCUUGCAAAAGAGAUGCAGUGUCUGGUAACUUCAAGUCAUUAGGCUUUUUUAAUUUGAGAUUUCUAUAUGCAAUAAGCUUUUAUUCAUAUUCCACCAAUGCAACAUCUUUGUUUUUAAGUUCUUUGGGAUUUAUUUAGAGUUAUUUCCAUAUUUCUUUAUGUCAUUCUGCUACAUUGGAUAUGAAAAUUUAUAUAAAGUUUUUCAUAUUCAAUUAGGGCGCAUCUUCAGCUGUUCUAAACGAAGUGGAAACACUUCUAUUCGAAAAUUGCCAAGUGGUAAGAGUGACUUCGUCUGAAUCUCUUUAGGUUGUUCAUAGCCAUUUUAUUGCAGUUCAGUUUAAUUUAGAGCAGGUUUCAGGCUUCAAGGACAAGUUUUAUCUAUAUGCUAUGUUCAUCUUCAAUUUGUCAUAACCUAUUAUUUGACAGGCAUAUUUAUUUUUUGGCUAACGGGAAUAGCUCUGUUUCGAUAAUGGCUUUGAUGACAGCAGCGAGAUUCAGGCAUUAUAGAUCAGCAUUUUUUUAUUAAACAUUACAAAAUAGAUUAUUGUCAUGUUGAGCUUCUCUUGCAUUUAUAACGUGCAUGCAAGCUAAGUUUUCUAUUGAAGUAAUAGUUGUCGGAGGUAUCCAGAGGGACGUGUUUAUUAUAUUAAAAAUACUGUUAAUUUGAAUGAUGAUCUUCAUUUGUUCCUUUUGCUUGUUGGAUAUGAAGAUAUUUUUUCUAUUACUUGAUUGAUGCCAACUUUGGUAUCAUGGCACCAGCAAUCAUAUGUAGUUGGAUGAGGCAUGAUCCAUUAUGUGUAUUAGUAUUAGCGGUCGCUAGUGUACAACAUUUCCUGCUGACUUUGUUUUCAUUCCAAAGUAACCUUCACAAAUCAUUUUCAUCCUUUGUCAUCAAGGAUCAAGGUGAGGUGCGGUUUUGUGCAGUGCGGUGGGCAACAUCGUUAUUCAAUUUACAGCAUUGUCCAACCCGCUAUAUUUGUAUGCUUGCAGUAGCAGAUUCUAAGAUGGAUAUAAGGUCUUCAUUUUUACUUUGUACUUCAGUUAUUUACUUGUCCUGAAUUCUAUUAUUUAUUCCGUUGAUUUGAACUAGAUGUGGACGCUUGGAUGCAUGUCUUGUGUUGAUUUUCUUGUUUCUUUUGUACAUGUUUUACUCAAACUUUCUUUUCAAAAUGCUAUAAAUGCCAAUUGUUCAGUUAGAAUGUCGUUGGCUGGACUCUUUUGAUAUGACGUUCCGAAGCUAAGAGCUAAGAUUCUUCAAACGAACGUUGCCAUGAUAGGUCCCUGGCUUACUCUACCCUUGAUAUCAUGGUGUGUUCAAAUGGUACUCACCGGGGAGUGCCAAUGCUCUGUAUCUUUCUCCUUCUGAAUAUGGCCCCAUACCAUUUCCUGGUUAACGUUGCUCCUUGAUCAGUUAGCCCUUUGAUUCGCGAGUUUUUAAUCAUUUUCUAGAUUAUAUCAAUGCAGGUCCCAGUGAGCCUUUUGACCGAGGAAAUAUAAUGUCAUACUUGUAGAUGUCUGAUUCUAUCUUCUUCUGUCACAACAACAUACCUUUUUAUGAUCUUAAUCUCACAAUGACUUAACCAGCUUGGAUUCUUCUAAAUAUGUUGACUUUCUACAAUUUUCAUCAAGGUUUUUUUCAGUUCUACGAGAUUCUUGAGUAUGAAUAAGUUUCUGUUGAUUUUAAUGCUUUAUGGAGAUAUCUGCAAACUACCUCAAUUGGGAUGAGUCCCCCAAUUAGGUUGCCACUUGAGUGGAUGGGCAGGACUGGAAUAUGCCUUGAACGCGUCGUUAAUUCCAUUGAACUAUUAAGAAUUGCCGAAAUCUCAUCCAAAACAGUAGCAAAGAGAGGGGCACUGUUAAACCUGUCAAUCAAAAAUUACUGUUAAUUACCUUUCAAACAUACAGAUGCUGGGCCAGUGCUUUCUGAGUCAAUCUCAGACUUCAUAGACGCCUUGACCUCCAUUGUCUUUUCCCCAGGCCUGGGUAAGUUUGCAAAUAUAUAAUAAGUUUCAGCUUUACUAAUUUGUUAGAUUUCUCUCCCUGUCCAGCCCACCCUCUUCUCUUCGGCAAUAACUGUUGAACAUAUAGUGGAUCGAUUGGGCUGCUCCUUGGCAUCAUAAAAUACUGCAAAGCCUAGGCUAGGAUUUGAAAAUGCUGGCCUGGGCCCUUUGAAGGGAGCAUUCCCUUGGAGUUGAAGGAGAAGAAGGUUCUUCACGAGGAAAGAUACAAUGAGUGGCAUUAAGGUUUUCCUGUAAAAAAAUUCUGAUUCGGGUUACCCUUUAAUAAGAGUGACCUUUUAUUCAUGUAAAUCCAAUAAUUAUCAGCCUAGGGACUUCAAACCAAGGAUGAAGUAUUUUGAAGGACCUUCAAAUGAUGUCCAUAAUUCAAUGGUUCAAAGGUAUACUGAAUUUUGUGGAAACUAAAAACUAUACUAAAAAUUGCUUUAAAUUGUCGAUGUUCCACAUCUCCAUGGAGGGCCAUAUAACUAUGGUAUUUUGAAGCAUGUAUAAUUAUGUAUAAGAUAAAAAAGUCCCCUUUUGAAUAAUUCUACUUUUAAAUCGGAAAUAUGAAAAUGCCCAUAAUCUUUGCCUGGGGAAUUAUCAAAGUCGUGUAUAGCCAUUUUUCAUGAGCUGAGUUCCAUAUCAAAUUCACACCUUGAAGCUAAGCUAGUCUGCCUUAAAAAAAGGCAUAUUUCUGUAUCAUGUCCAUUGACUGCCUUUCGUAUAUUUCUGUACUAAAGCUUUCUACACUCGAAGAUUUUUCUUCAUAGGAACAGUGCUUUAUUUCAGUAACCAAUACAGAGUGCCGUUAUGCUUCUAGCUUUCAUCACUUGAUCAAAUUCGAAGAAUGUUGGAUGAUUUCGUAUUAUGCACAAUUUUCUAUUUACUCACUUUUUUUCGUUUCCAGGGAAAUGGCAAUGGAAGGUCUUUCACUCAAGGACCAAGGGGAAAGGGUUAGUUGUGACUAUCCAGCGUUGAGGGAUAUGCUGGACCAUAUAUGUAAACAACAGCCAAGAUUGCUCGAGUCUGAAGAAAUGAGGGCAGAGAAACUUAUUUUUCCAUCAAGGACGUACAUGGCAAUGAUUGGUUUUUUAAUGAAAUGUUUCUUGGCAGAUUUUGGCCAAGAGGAUUCUAGAAAGACAUAUGAGUUCCCACCCCCAGUGAUGACGUUGUGUUUACUACUAGAGCACGCCAUGGCAUUUGAGGGUUCUGUUGAGUUGCAUGCAAAUGCUUCUAAGGCAUUAGUUACAAUUGGUUCUCAUUUCCCACAGGUAGCUUAUCUCAAAUUUUCCAUUUGAAACAUGGUUUUUUCGUUGUAUUUUAUUUCAAGAACUUCUAUUUAAUUUGAGUUGGUUUACACGUUUUAUUAUUUAUUGUAGUUGGUGGCAUCACGAUAUGCUGAGCGCAUUUCAUGGUUAAAACAAUUAGUGGGGCAUGUUGACCAUGAGACACGGGAAUCUGCAUCUCGAUUGUUGGGAAUAACUUGUUCUAUUGUUCCAAUUGAUGUGGUGUCUAAUCUAGUUGGUGAUUUUUUAUUAUCCGUUCGUGGUUCAGUAAGGUUUGUAUGCAGUUUAUGAAAACUCUCUCUCUCUCUCUAUUCUCUCUCUCUCUCUCUCUCGCUCUCGCUAUAGUUCCAUCUAUCUUUCUGUCUAUCUACCUAUCUGUCUAACAUCUUAUGAAUGCUUGAAAUUUUCCCUAGAUAUGAAUACCGUCAAGGAGCAAUAUGUGCUUUAGGGUAUGUGAUUGCAGAGUGUGUGAAUGAGAAACCUGAUGUAAGUUUUUUUUUUCCUCCUAGAAAUGGAAAAUAUGCACCAUUUCUGCCUUGACCAUGAUGGAUGCUUUUCUUUUCUCCUCGUGAUAAUGUCUUGUGCAGUGUAAUUAUUUAUUGCAUUUGCUUAUGUUUACCAUUUAGUUGCAUUCUCCUGAAUGAAUAUCUCAAGUUUUAGCCAUUUCAAUAUUUACCUGCUCAUGCAAGGAAAAUCUGGAAGGAAUAGGGUUCAACUACUGAAAUGAUCUAAAUUCAAGUAAAACCUGCAUGUCUCAAUUAUUUCUGCUUGUGAACUUAAAGCUACUUCUAAUCUAAACCUGAACUUGUCAAAAAAAGUAACAUGAGGGGCGUGCAUCAAAGACUCAAUGGGCUCCUCUUCAUAAUGCAUGACAAUCAUGUUACAAAAAAUGCUGUAUUGGGAGCACGAUACUUGAUUUUGAAAUCAGCAGAAAGUAUAAUCCAAUAAUUUCAUUAAUAACACAUCAAGCAGGGGCUGUCAUAUCGUUAAGAUCUUCUGAUAUCAGAGCAAAAAUUAAUGUAAGUCUAUUUGACUUGAGAUAGAGAAAGAUAAUUAAUUUAUUCUUUCAAUGUCAGAGUUUAAUCAGUAUUACAUUACUAACCUUACGAGAUCCUUGCACUCAAGAGAGAAAACUUCUCUGAAACAAUACAAAACAACCUAAAAUCAAUGGGCAACGAGUGGUGUAGCUCAUGUCUAAUCACUUAAUUUGAGCUGUUCCUUAAAAUGUGAGCCAAUGGAAGAAUAUGAUGAAUAUUUUUCUUGGAUAUUCGUUGGAAACUGAAAAUAUUGGAUUUACUAUUCUCAUAGUACUUAUGUUGUAGCUAGAAGGCAUCUUGAAGACGUUAGCUAGUGACUUUUGUGACUUGGGCACUUGUGAUGAAUUACGAACAUCAUAGAGGAAAAAUACAAAAAGUGGUUCAUCUUUUUAUUAGAACCAGUGAUAUUUUUUGCCUGCUCUUUCUUGUUUUCGUUCCUUUUUUGUUUUUCUUGUCCAUAUUUUAUAUGCGUAUUAUUCAAUCUCUCUUAGAGCAUCCUCGCAUGCCUUUUGUUAUUGCCUAGUACUUAAUGCUCAUUUCGCAAAUUGAUGUGAUAAGUUUGGGAUUGACAACUGUCAUCCUGUCUUCAUCUCAGUUGACCAUGUUAUGUAAUUUUCUUAUACAAUUGUUCGCAUGAUUUUUGUGUGUCAUGCUUUUGUCAAGUAUGUCUGGCUCUCGUUCACGCAUCUGGUUCUGUUUGUCAAAAAGAAUUGAUGAAAAAGUAUUCUUUAAAAAACAAUUGUAAUCCUGAAACUUCUUGAGGUGAUGACAGGGCUGAAAAUAAUCUGUGCCAUGUCAGAAUUUUUUAGCAAUCCAUAACCAAGAGGAAACAGUAGAAUUCAUCGCUCAAUUGCAGGGUUGUAGAUUGGGAAUUCCUUUCCGGUAUUUAGACCUCUUAGGAAAUUAGGUUCUUGAAGGUAGCAAGACCUCAAUGGGUUUGAUUUCUCUUUGUUUUUAUCUUGCAUUGUUAUUUUUAUUUAAAGAUAGUAUCCAUCUAUGAUGAUCCCUUUGUGGGCCUCUUUUGUUUCUGGAUAUUGUGUAACUGGAAAUUGGUUGUCCUGUAUUUUGCAUGAAAGUGAUUCUUCUAAUUCUUGUCUUGAUAUAUCUAUAAUGGUUAUUAUAUUUUAUUUCUAUUAUGAUGUUAAAUCAAGAUUAAUAUCUUGAUUUAACGGUACAUACAAGAUAAUUUUUACUUGUAAAAGAAAAUACUAUAUUUUCGCCUCUUUCCCCAAGACGGACUGGUAUUUCGUACUAACUUUUAUCAUCACAUGCUAUCAGCAAUUUAUGCGCAUUUUUUUACUCAAACGUCAAUUCGACCUUUACCCUUUCAGAGGUCAGAGACAUUGCUUCAGAGUACUGUUGACUGUUUGCUAGACAUUGUAGAGUCAGAGGAUCUAAUAUUGGCUUGCACCGCAAUGGAAGCACUUGGUCACAUUGGUUUACGUUGUUCACUCUCUUCAGUUACUCGUAAUUCUACUGAAGGUAUAUUUUUCUUGUUGUUUAUGGGAAGUAGAUGAUUCGUGCCACUAAUUGUAAACCUUCUUUUGCUUUGGCAAAAUAUGUUCUAAAUAAUUAUAAUGCUGAAUACAGGAGUUCUGGCAAUUCUGUUUGAAAAGCUGAACAAGCUACUUACUGGAAAUGAUGUUAAAUCAAUUCAAAAAAUUAUCAUCUCUCUUGGGCAUAUUUCUACAAAGGAAAGAACAUUUUCAAAUCUGAAAAUGGGUCUUGAUUUGAUCUUCACCCUUUGCAGGACAAAGGUGAGCCAAGUCUUUUAUUUAAGAUUAAUAAAUGAUGCGUUGAUUAAUAAAUGGUGGAGUCCUGAUCUGUAACAAGAUGCGAAGUACCAUGUUGUUUCUGGUUAGUGAAAUGUAUCAUCUUUUUCUUUUUCUCGCUGAAAAGUGUAAAUUUGAAAAAAUUUAUGACCUCAGGUUGAAGAUCUACUAUUUGCUGCUGGUGAAGCGCUUUCAUUUAUGUGGGGUGGGGUGCCUGUGACAGCUGAUAAGAUACUCAAAUCAAAUUACGGCUCUCUUUCUCAGACUUCAAACUAUCUUAUCAGUGAAGUGCCCCUUUCGGCAUCUAGUUCCCACCAUCUUGAGAGUGAUAGUGGUGGUGAUUCACGCAACAUGCUUCAAGAAGAGAUUAUCAAGAAACUUUUUGAUGUCCUUCUCUAUAGCAGUAGAAAGGAAGAACGCUGUGCAGGAACUGUUUGGCUUCUGUCACUUACUAUGUAUUGUGGGCACCAUCCGAAAAUCCAGAAGCUUCUUCCUGAAAUUCAGGUUUGUCAUUUUUCCUGAACUCGUACCAGGAAAUAGUUGAAAUAUGGAAGGUUACUUUUCACAUCAUAUAGAGUUUUUGCAAGGUCCUAAAUUAUUUUAAUUCUAUUGGUUCUGAGCUGAAGUAAGUUGACAAAUAUGCUUUUAGAUGCAUAAUAACAGUUGUAUCUGAAAGCAGUUGAUUUAUGGGGCAUUCUUUAUGAUUACUCUGACCAGACUGAAGAAUUUUUUGAAAUUUUAGUGAUUUACGUUUUAGAUUAUCUUUGAUUGCGAGAUGAGGGAGUCCAGAAGUAUAAAAUGAUCUCUUAUUGAUCUAACAUUAUUCUGAAUCACGGCGAUAAUUUGUUAUGUUACUGUGGAAUGAUAAUUUCGGGCACCAGUUUUUGUCAUCAAAUUAUUGUUAAAUCCAACAACAAAUGAGUAUUGGUCCUUUCAGUAACCGUGAGAACAAUUACCUUAAUCUUACGUUUACCAUGCUACUCACAACAUUUCUCUUAAGCACUGAUCCUUGGUUGCAUCCUUCUUUCGAUCCUCAAAGGAUGUGUCAUUGUUUUAGGAGCAAGGUGCUUUUCAGAACUACAGUUUUGUCUAUAAUUGGGCUGCAUAUGUUGAUGUUGCUUCCUUUUUUCGUUUUCGAGAGGAAAGAUGCAUCUCACUCGUCCCAAUGUUUGUGAGCAUAGUUUUUCAGUCAUCUGUUGGCAUUCAGGAUUCCUAUGGGAUGUUGUAUUUGAAACAUUCUACGAUAAGCAUAUUUUGGUAUGCAGAGUAAUCCUAUGUGUCAAUCUGAACCAUUGUACUGAACAAUCACUCAUGGGGAACCCCAUCCUUGCGUUAAUAUUGUCUUAGGUCCUUCACAUUCUUUUGAGUAUGUAACUCAACUGUUGCGAAUAAAGAUAAUGAGGAGAACUGUAGAAACUAUCCUGUAGUAACGCUAUACAGAGAAAAUGGUUAGAGAUCACAAAAGGAAAUAUAAUAUCAUUUUAGCACUCCCACUCAAACUGAUGAGGGAACAUAUGAAGAGAGUUCAUCAACGAGAUUCCUGAAGCAUAGAGUCCUCUAAAACUGGGUGAGUUAGGUAACAAGAUGCAUAGUGGCAGAAACAUGAGGAAUGAAAUGAGCGCCAAAGGUUACUGUUGGUAAACGAAAUGACAAUUUAUAUUAUGUAUGUGUACACUCAUAGAAAAGAAUAUUUGACGAUCCAAAGAGCACUAUGAUUGUCACAUGUUAAGCAGGAAUGUUGAUAAUAUCUUUGUGCAGUGAUACGUGAUUUCAUUUUAAAUAGAUAUAAUAGCGUUGGUUGAUCGGCCUUGUAAUAUUUGUUAUCUCUGCAGGAAGCAUUCUCUCAUCUUCUUGGGGAACAGAACGAGCUUACACAAGAAUUGGCAUCACAAGGCAUGAGCAUUGUAUAUGAACUUGGUGAUCCAAUAAUGAAGAAGGACCUAAUAAAUGCUUUAGUGAACACAUUGACUGGUUCAGGAAAACGAAAAAGAGCUGUGAAGGUCUGAAUGAAUCUUGUCUGUACUCAGUGUUCGUGUAAAUGAUCUCAUUGAUUUCAUGUGUGAAAUGCAGCUCAUGGAGGACUCUGAAGUUUUCCAAGAAGGAACUAUUGGUGAAGGUCCUAGUGGUGGAAAACUUAGCACAUACAAAGAACUUUGCAGCUUAGCCAAUGAGAUGGGGCAGCCAGACCUAAUCUAUAAAUUUAUGGAUCUUGCUAACUAUCAGUCUUCAUUGAACUCUAGAAGAGGUGCUGCCUUUGGAUUUUCCAAGAUAGCGAAGCAAGCUGGUGAUGUUCUUCAACCACACUUACGUUCCUUGAUUCCCAGGCUUGUACGCUACCAGUAUGACCCUGACAAAAAUGUCCAGGUUAAGCUCUACCCCUUUUUUUAGUGACUUGCUUUUUCGUGUACAUUACUAGAUUUUUCACUUAUCUUGUUAUUAGUUGUGCGAAGAAUGCAUAUUUGAGUGUUUCAUUGAGUUUAAUUUCUUUGCUCACCAUAAUUAUCUCCACUGGCUUCAUGAUUAAAUUUCUCUUCGCUAUUUGGAUUACUAUAGUGAGCUUUAUUACACCUAACAUUGGUUAAACUCUUAGGAUGCUAUGGGACACAUCUGGAGAUCAAUUGUGGCUGAACCAAAGAAAACUAUUGAUGAAUACUUUGACCCCAUCGUUGAGGAUUUAUUGGUGCAAUCUGGAUCGAGACUAUGGCGAUCUCGUGAAGCUUCAUGUCUUGCCUUAGCAGAUAUCAUUCAAGGCCGAAAAUUUGAUCAGGUGAUGUUUUUUCUUGCGAUGCUAAUUCUGAGUAAAAAAUUUAUAUAUAUAAUGUUUUAUGCCCUCAGAAUGAAUUGUAAAUAUUUUUCAUUGUUGAAGACAUGCCCAUUGGGCUAGUGUGACUGGUGAUGGAACGUUCACUCAAUAUCUUUUUGAUGCAGGUAUCUGGACAUUUGAAAAAAAUAUGGAUAGCUGCAUUCCGUGCAAUGGAUGACAUAAAAGAAACAGUCCGAAAUGCUGGCGAUAGUUUGUGUCGUUCUAUCAGUUCUCUGACAAUACGUUUAUGUGACACGUCCCUAACAGCAGCCUCAGAUACCAGCAGAACAAUAGAUAUUGUGUUGCCCUUUUUAUUAGUUGAUGGGAUCGUGAGCAAAGUUUCGUCCAUUCAAAAAGCAUCAGUGGCGAUUGUCAUGAAACUCUCAAAGGUUAGUAUACAAUUCAACUACAUCUUUGUUAGAUAGUGUGAAAUAAUUAAGAACUCAGAAGGAACAAAAUGUUAUUGUCCCUCAAACAUCCAAGACUAGACAAAACGCUGUGUAUUAAUGGGCUUGUCCUUAUGUGAGGCAACAUGCAAACAUGAUCGAGGUGGCAUUUGUGUUCAAAACCCUUCAUAAGGUUUUGUGCCUUGAACCAUGAAGAUUUUUCAAUUUGAAUGCACUUUAAGACUCUUAGACUAAACUAUGUCCAGAAAUUUUCUAAUCUUACGGCCUUUGAGUUUUACAUUACAGUCAAUGCGACCUAUUUUUCUCGUUAUUGUAGAAAGGUGUUAGCAUCUUAUAAAUCCAAGGUGCUGUGAACUUACAAAUGCAGGGUGCUGGUGUUGCACUUAGGCCACAUCUGCCUGAGCUCGUGUGUUGCAUGCUGGAGAGUUUGUCUAGCCUUGAAGACCAAAGGCUCAAUUAUGUAGAGGUUUGGACCAAUGGCCUUUUUCCCUUUAUAGCUACUUUUCGGUGAUGAAAAUUUCAGUUUUCAUAAGAAACUCAUAUCCUGACUUCAAAUACCUCUGAUUUUAGGACAUUUAAGCUACCUCUUAUUUCAAAUAGAUAAGAUCAGUAGAUGGUGAGUUAUAAUUCCUUCUGUAACUAAUACCAACUAUUUUUGCUUGUCAAUAUAUCAGUUCCAUGCGGCAAAUGUGGGCAUCCAGACAGAGAAGCUUGAAACGUUAAGAAUCUCUGUUGCAAAGGAAUCCCCCAUGUGGGAAACUCUUGACCUGUGCCUAAAAGCUGUUGACACUAAAUCACUAGAACUUUUGGUUCCCCGCAUUGCUCAAUUGAUUCGCUCUGGAGUUGGCCUCAAUACAAGGUAAUACGUUAUGCUAAUGUUUGACAUGAAUUCUUCAAGACAAUGCUACAAUGCUAUUCAUGUCAUACAUUUCUGUUGUAAGUUGCACUGUUAUCAUUAAUCCAUCAUUUCAUUUAGGUCUUUUUGCAAUAUUAGCUUUCAACAUCACAAAGUUUAAGAUUAUUUCUUCUUUACAAAAUUCCAGGAUAUCAGAGUUCUCCUUUCUUUAUUACUCCUUCAUUUAUAGUAACCUGCAAUAUUUAUUGAAUGUAGGAUAGAAGGGAAAAUGAAGGAGGGAUGUAAAUUGUCACGAGAUACAGCAAAAGCAGGAGAAGGAAAAACUGACUUAGUCUUUCUCAGGGCAGUUCGCCAGUAUUUAUAUUGGCGUCUAAUAAACUUUUUCGGUAUUACGGAAAGGUCUAAUAAUGGGAACACGAAAAAGGGAAAAUACAUCUAAUAAUAGGACAAAAAUAAAAAUAGAAGUAAAGCCUAAUAUAGAAGACUUCUUCUGCAUAACACUCCCCCUCAAGUUAGUGCGUGGAUAUCGUUCAUGUCCAGCUUGCUCCUUUGUUUGCAGAACUCUGUUGUAGAAAUGCCCUUAGUUAAUAUACCAGCCAACUGAUUUGUAGAUGAGACAUACUUUCUCUAUGCAAAACAUCCAUGAUUCAAGUUUCUCUUUAAUAAAAUAUUUGUCUACUUCAAUGUGUUUGAUCUUGUUAUACUUAACAGGAUCAUGUUCUAUACUUAUUGUAGACUGACUGUCACAGAACAAGGUAAUUGAACCUUCCAUGGGUAUUUGUAAGUCAUUUAGUAUACUCUUUAUCCAAAUGCCUUCACAAAUUCGAAGGGCCAUAACCCUAAAUUCCACUUCAGCACUUGAUUGAGCUACAACUCUCUAUUUUUGGCUCGUCAAGUGACCAAAUUUCCUUCAAUGAGAUAACAAUACUCAGUAGUAGAGCACCUAUCAUCAAUUGAACCAGCAUAAUCAGCAUCAGUAUAGAUGCCUAAUUUAAGAGAAUCUCUCCUUUGAAAAAAAAUUCUCAUACUAAUUGUUCCUUUAAGAUAGGCUAAGACUUGUUGAGCAGUUUGAUGAUGCACCUCCAUAGGGUCAUGCAUAUAUUGGCUUAGCACUCCAACUGAGUAUCAAUAUCUGGUCUAGUAUGAGAUAGAUAAAUUAAUUUUUCCACUAGGUGUUGAUAAGACCACUUUACUUGAUCACUCUCCUUUGAGGCCCCAAUACAAUGCUUCGCUUCAAUUGGUGUACACGCUGGUUUACAGUUACUCAUGCUCAUAUAUUUGAGUAAAUCUAUAAUAUACUUUCUUUGAGAUAGGAAUAAAUUUCCACAAUAAUAGGCUACCUCAAUUCUCAAGAAGUAUUUUAGUUGUCCCAACACUUUGAUAUAAGAAACAAUUGUCAAUUAUUUUUGAAGAUAAAUGAUUUCUUACAUAUCAUCUCCAGUGACAAUCAUGUCAUUGACAUAUACUAGUAAGAUCACCAUUUUUCCUGAAUUUGAUCAUUUAAAACAUAAGGUAUGAUCUCUAUUGGCUUGCUUGAACCCCAAAGCUUUCAUUGUUUUGGUUAAGUGGCCAAACUAAACUCUUGGUGAGUGUAUUAAGCCAUAUAAUGACUUCUUAAGUCUACAUACUUUUAAAGUAUCAUUUGAGUCUUUGUAUCUUAGUGGAUGAUCUAUAUAUAUUUCUUCUAAAAUUUCUUCAUGCAAGAAUGCAUUUUUCACAUCAAAUUGUAAUAAGGACUAUCUAUAAUGCACAGCCAAGGAUAUUAAUAUCCGAAUUGUUCCCAUCUUCACAACUGGAGCAAAGGUCUCCACAUAAUCAAUAUCAUAACCUUGAGUGAAGCCUUUUUCCACCAGCUGAGCUUUACAACAUUCAACAAUUCCAUCAGAUUUAUACUUAAUGGUAUAUACCCAUAUACAACCUAUUGUUUUCUUCCCUUAAGAAGCAACACGAGUUCUCAUGUUUGAUUCUUCUGUAGAGCUAGCAUCUCCUCAUCCAUUGCUUUUUUCCAUAGGGGGGCUUCUUAAAGCUUUAUCAGUGUUUUGAGGAGUAUCAUGUUUAUCAAUAGUUGACAGAAAUGACCUGUAUUGUGGAGAUAGGCAAUGAUCUGAUACAUAAUUACAAGAUGGAUAUACCUUUUUCUUUGUACAUUCUCUAGUUCCUUUGUGAAGAGCAAUAGGACAUAUUUCAUCUCCCUCAGUAAUAAGAAGGUUCUGUUGAUCAAUCAGUGAAUUGUUACAUUCAAUAAUAGAAUCAUGGACAUCUACUACAUCAGGCAGACCUUGUUCAUGGGCAUCUGCUGUGUUAGGCAGAUCUUGUUCAUGGGCAUCUAUCAUGUCAGGCAGAUCCUAUUCAUGGGCAUCUGCUGCGUCAUACAGAUCCUAUUCAUGGGCAUCUGGUGCAUCAUGUUGAUCCUGUUCAUUGGUCCAUUUAAUUGUCUUUGGCUUUCUUUGAUAAUAAUUUCAACCAAAUCGAUUUGGUGGAGGUGGAGGUGCUGGUAUUGUUUCAGGAGCUUCAAUCUCCUUGAGAAUCUCAACAUGUAAAUCUUGUUUUUCUGGCACAAGAAUAUCACAAUUAGAUACUUUUGUUGUCUAUUGGAAAUACAUGCUACUUUCAUCAAAUGUGACAUAAAUUGUCACAAUAAAUUUUCCAGAUCUUGGGUCAUAAAAUUUGUACCCUUUUUGUGUAUUAGAAUAGUCCCCCAAAGACUACCUUUAUAGCUCUAGGGGCAAAUUUAGACAGUCCAUUCUGAGAUUGGUGGAUGUAUGCAACACUCUCAAAUACUCAAAGAGGUAAAUCUGGUCCAUAUUGUACAGUGGGAAAGUGACCCUGCAAUAAGGCUUUGGGGGUCUUAAAUAAUAAUGCUUUUGAUGGGAGACAAUUAACAAGAUGAGUGGUCUUUAGUACUGUCUUAUUUCAUAAGUACUUCGGCACUUGAGCUUUAAACAUGACAGCCUUUAUUAUUGCCAAUAGUUGCCCAAUCUUUUUUUCCGCUACCCCAUUUUGUUGGGGUGUAUAAGGACAAGAAGUUUCAUGAACAAUGACCUCCUCAGCAAAGAAAUUGGAGACAAUAGAAUUAAAGAAAUCCUUAGCAUUGUCUCCAAUCGUAAGGGUUAUGUUGAACUGAUUUUGAAUUAACUUCAUAAACCUCUGAGACACUACUGGCUUCUGAUUUUGUUUUCAUUAGGUAAAUCCAUGUGAAUCUAGUAUAGUCAUCUACAAAGAUACUAAACCAUCUGAAGUCCCUAACACAACCAAAUGAAGGACCCCAUAUAUCAGAAUGUAUUAUGUAAAAAAAAGAUUCACUUUUAUUUUCAGCAGAGGGAAAUGAAAUUCGUCGUUGUUUAACCAUUUGACAUGGUUCACAUAUGAAAGUAGAUUCACUAAUUGCACGACAUAGUUUUGGAAACAAGUAUUGAAGUACUUUUAUAGACGAAUGUCUUAAAUGACAAUGUAACAACAACAAUUUGUUCAAGGGGGAAGUAGAAGCAAAAGUGGAAAUGUUUGGACUAGAAUUUGUCAACAAUGUCUUGUCCAUACGCCCUAUGUAGUAGUGUCCAUCCCGUGCUCUAACAUGCCCAAUCCUCUUACCUGAGGUCUUGUCAUAGAAAAAACAUCAAUCGUCGUCAAAUAAUAUCAAACAAUGCAAGUCUUUACCUAAUCUUAGAACAUAAAGAACAUAUCUUAAUGACCCCAAUUUCUCAAGAUGAAGUGAUCCAAUGCUAGUUAUAGGUAAUAAAUCCCCACUUGCAAUAAUAACCUUCCGAUUAUUAGUACAUACCUCAUAUGUCGUAAAUAGUGAUGCAUAUAGUCUCAUAUGAUCAGUAGCUCCAAAUCAAUGAUCUAGGACACUUUUUGGGGUGAAGGUGAUGCCAAUGAUGAUGUAUUUAAACAUAAUGGAAACGUUUAGGAAAAUGCUUACUAGUAUGUGCAAGGGAAGUGGAGCUGAUCAUGUUCCUCAAUUGUCUAAUUUCUUCUCUGAGUUUUUCAAUCUCCAAAUGCUGAGAGGAAGUAAAUCCGUCUUGACUAGCUCCUCCUUGUAUCAUGGGCUCAACACCAUCUUCAUUUUGAGCAUUAACCAAAUGAAACUUACCAUAAUUCGGUGGUUUGUCAUGGAUCUUCCUUACCAUUUUUAAAUGAUAAAUGAUACUUUGCCAUCCCCCUUUUUAAAUCUAGAGGUAUCUUUACCCUUGAGAGCGCUGAAUGCAGCAUUUUCUGUCUUUAAAUUAUUUCUCAAUUUUUUAAUAUUUUCUUCUUGUUUGGUUAAUGCAAUUGCCUCUUCAAUAUUUGGUACUACUUCCCGAGCAAGGAUCUGAUUUCAUAUUUUAGAUUUUGCCUCAUCAGAAACUUAUACAGCUUGUCUUUCAUGAUAUAAUUUCGUUCUUCAGUAUCAGGGUUCUUAAUUAGUCUGUAGUGAUUGAUUUCUCUUCAUAUGGAUUCCAAUUCACAAGCAUAUUCUAGAACAGUCAAUGUUCUAUGUACUAAAGUCAGAGAUUUCUGUACCAAUCUAUACAUUUGGGAUUCAUCAUGUUUAGUAGAGUGAACACGACGAACCUUGUCCCAUAAUUCCUUCACAAAAUUAGAAAAAAGAAUCUAUCACUCAUCUUUGAUGAAAUAUUGUCCAACAUCCAAUAUUGAAUCAGUGCUUCUUCUUCUUUCCACCAAGAAUAUCUUGAGUUAUCAAUACUUAGCAAGGAUUGUGUCAGGUGACGAUCCAAAUUCCUCUCACAUAGAAUAAGUUCCACAUACGAUGUCCAUUGGAACAAAUUGAUUCUGUCAUAUCAAAAUCUCUCAGCAAUUUUAGGUAGGUUUGAACAUACUUUAAUUACUUCAAAUGAAUGUCCUGAGCCAGAGGAGGAAGAUUCACUGACCUUUAUCUCAAUGCUCUACAGUUGUGUUCAAAUAGCAAAAAAAAAUAUCUCAAACAUAGAUGAUGUGCUAUGACUAACAGUUUCUGUUCAAGAAACUGAGGAUGACAGUCACCAUCAAGAAACGACAAUGGUGUAUUUGCAUAUGUCCGCCACUAUCACGAAAUGACGAUGGUGUAUUCGCAGACAUCUGCCACCAUCAAGAAACGACAAUGGUGUAUUUGCAUGUCUGCCACUAUCACGAAAUGACGAUGGUGUAUUCGCAGACGUCUGCCACCAUCAAGAAACGAUGAUGGUGUAUUCACAGACGUCUGCCACCAUCAAGAAACGAUGAUGGUGUAUUGAUAGACAUCUGCCACCAUCAAGAAAAGACGAUGGUGUAGUGACUCUCCAAGGAAUCCAUCGAUGUGCUUACAACCAAGAAACCUCACGAUUUCAGGUACUGCAGACAGGAAGAAGAUCACCAUGUGACACUGCCUACAGCGUAGAGUCGUCGUCACCACCAAGGUUGGUUGAUCUUCGGUCGGCGGUGUUCACGUAGGACCAGAGAGAAAGCUCUGAUACCAUGUCAUGAGAUACAGCAGAAGCAGGAAAAGGAAAACCUGACUUAGCCCUUCUCAGGGCAGUUCGCCAGUAUUUAUAUUGGCGUCUAAUAAACCUUUCCGGCAUUACAGAAAGGUCUAAUAAUGGGAACACGAAAAAGGGAAAAUAUAUCUAAUAAUAGGACAGAAAGAAAAAUAGAAGUAAAGCCUAAUAUAGAAGACUUGUUCUGUGUAACAUAAAUAAUAAGUAAAAAGUCAUUUUCUUUCAUUUGAACGCCCCAAAUUUAAAAGCUAUACGCUCUCAAAUGAGGGUAAAAGGAAUUAUAUUUUCAAAAGAAUAUCUUAACUAAAUUCUACUUACUGACCAAUGAAUUUUGUUUUUACCCUACAUCUCCAUGUGCUGAAUACCAGAGUACCAGCAAGAAUAACAAGGUAUUAUAUCCUGUGUAUAUAUAUCACUGUCAUAUUGUCUGGUAUGAAACCUGGAAUUGAGAAAUGUUGAAGCCGGGUCAAUCGCAGCCAUCUAACCCUGUAAUUAAUAAGAAGGUCAGGGAAGCAUGUAUCUCACUCUCCCUCCCUUCCAGAUGUGCCAAAAGGAUAGGCGAGAUGCUGUAGAGGGAUAACCUGGAAGCCUUGGUCUUUAUUUCACGUUCUUUCUUGCAGCCUAUGCAUCAAUGCUAUUCAUGAAACUUCCUCAUCAGAAGUUGUUCUCAUUUUUUUUCAGAAAAAGAAGUAUUGAUUCAUAUCAUAGAUUCAACGAAUAUCUUUUGUGCCUUUUGUGCUCCUUGAGAGUGAUUUUGUAAUAAAAUACGUCGAAACUCGCUCCAGUUUUGAAAAAAAAUUCAAAAUUCCCUUCAGUUAUAUUUUUUUCAUUUCCUGUCGUAUUUAUGGGCAUGUCAAAGAAAUAUGACAAGCUUGUUUCGCAGUUACUAGCUUACUCCGAAACUGAGAAUCACAAUGUAUGGUUGAAUUCAUCUGGCGAACAUGUUCUGAACAUAGUUCAAUAUCCAGGAAAAUCAGCAUCUGUUGGCACAGCCUAGGCCUUUUACAAGUUGCAGCAAAUGUGUGUUGAUUUUUGCCAACUUACUUCGGUUCAUUAUGUUUCAGGGUUGGUGUUGCCAAUUUCAUAAGUCUCUUAAUCCAAAAGGUCAAUGCUGAUAUCAAACCAUUUACAGCCAUGUUAUUGAAGCCUCUGUUUCAUGCUGUUUUGGAGGAAAAGAGUGGUGCAGCAAAACGAGCCUUUGCAGCUGCAUGUGCCGUCACAUUAAAAUAUGCUGGAGCCUCUCAGACUCAGAAAAUUAUAGAUGACACAACAACCUUGCAUUUGGGUGACAGAAAUGCUCAGUUUUCUUGUGCAAUUCUAUUGAAAAACUUUUUAAACAUUGCAGCUGAUGUACUGAGUGGCUAUCAUGCUGUGGUCCUUCCUGUUAUUUUUGUUGCAAGGUUCGUGAUUCUACCAUUUAUGUGGACUGUUUUUCAACUGAUUUAAUGUAAUUAUUUUCAUCAGUUACAUUCUACUCGUAAAUCUGGCAAUUGCAUCAAGCAGCUUCCCCUGGCAUAACUAAAACUUUCAGCAGCCAUAGAGCGAUUUAUGUAUAGCCUAUUUUCAUGAUGAUUAAAACUAUGGUCCAUAUCUCUGUAUCGUAUUGUGAAGUCUAAUUAUUUGGCUUCAAUAAAUCUCAUCAGGUUUUUAUUGUGAAGAUUAAUAGCCAAUAAGUUUGCUGUUUUCCUCUCUUCUGUAGGAAUGUGUUUCGUUUCAUAAUGUAUUAGAAAAAAAUUAAUCUUUCCAAAAAUUAAAUUAUAAGUCAUUUUUUGUCAUCACAUUUGAUAUACUUGCCACCCUCUUUCUUGUCUUCGUAUUCUGUAUCUUAAAUCAAUAUAUCAAUCGAUAGGCCAGCUUCUGUGAACUGGAAAACACUACUUACAAAUAUUGACGCAAACCCUACGAGGAUAAACAGUGUGGAUAAAAAUCUCAUAUUUCUCAAAAUCAUAAAACAAUUGCUAGUUAUAUACAGUUCCCCCAGCCACAAAGAACUACUUCGGUUAAGGAAACUGACCAACAGAAACUAACUCCUGAUUACACAUUUUUCCCACACUCCCUGCAAGCUUGUGAAAAGGCAUUCUCUAUUCCUUGCUUGGAUACACUAUUCUGAAAUAUUGAACUGCCUAAUCCCUUAUUAAGUACAUCUGCAAGUGGACCAUGUGUAAACACGUUUGGUGUACAAAUCAUUCAGCUCUCCAACUUCUCAUUAAUGAAAUGUCUUUCAAUCUCAAUGUAUUUUGUCAAUCGUGUUGUAUUGAAUUGUGACCUAUGCUAAUUGGAGACUUAUUGACACAAUAGAGUCUCAUUUGAUCCUCUCAUUUAAUCUUCAAGCCUUCUAAGAUGAUCUCAAACCAAAGUAGUUCUAAUUGACCUUGAGCUGUUGCACAGAAUUCAGCCUCUGCACUUGAUUGUGCUGCCAUAUUUUGUUUCUUUCUUCUCCAUAUCAUGAGAUUUCCACCAAAAAAGGUGCAAUAUCCAAAGGUUGAUCUCCUAUUAAUCACUAACUGUCAAACUAGGAUCUUGAUCUUCUUGAUCAGGUCUUUGCCCUCCCUUCUCACUGGAGCCGCCUAGAAAAUCCCAUUAGAGUAGAUUCACAAAAAGUCUUACUUCAAUUCACCUCUACACUAGUUUAAAUACCGGUUACAUCUAUAGUGGGUCAAGCCCUCUUAUUUUGAAGAAAGAAAGGGAGAGCCGAUUAAGUAGUCCAUAACUGACUCACUUAAGGGCCCAAAUAGAAGAGAGACACUACAAUAACGAGAUCCUAGCUUGUCUGACAUUAACCCUGCAUAAUCAACAUCUGUGUAUGCCUCAAAUACUAACUCCUUGUUUCUCCUAAACAUAAUACAUUUCUUGUCCUUUGAGAUGCUGUAGCAGUCUAUGAGCUGUCUGCUUGUUGACUUUCUGUGGACUUUGCAUGAAUUGGCUAAUCACACUCACUAUGUAUGCGAUAUAUGGUCAUAUCUGAGAUAGAUAAGUCUUCCUGCCAAGCUCUGAUCCAUUUCCCUCUCUACUCCUACAUCCCCCUCUACUAUUCCAGGUUAAAGAUUCAGAUAUAUUAGAGUACUUGCUGGUUUGCACACGGUCUUCCAUGUUUCUCUAUGAUAUGUAACAUUUGGAGAUGAAAAAGCCCUGCCUAGAGUGAACUACUUUAAUCCUAAGAAAAUCUUCCAAUCUCCCUAAUACUUUAAUCUUAAACUCUUUAGUUAAGCGCCAACUCAGAUUAUGCCUCUCUCUUUAUCUUCAUUCCCAAUCACAUUAUUAUGUCAUCAACACAUGUCAAGGGUGUUUUGACUCCCAUAGGAUGAGUAUUUAAUGAACAGCAUGCGAUGCCCUUCGCAUUAUCUGUACUCUAUGGCAAUCAUGACUCUUGCAAAUCUACCAAAUUAUGCCUAAGAUGAUUGCUUUAGUCUAUGUGAGGCUUUCUUUAAUUUACACACCGUGUGAGUGGUCAAAUUAUUCCCGUAACCUAGUUGGACCUCCAUAUAAAUUUUUUCAUCUAGUUUACUAUGCAAAAUACAUUUUUAACAUCAAACUAUUAUAAUUCUCAAUCGUAAUUACUACUAAUGACAACAAGAUUCUAGUAAUAUUCAUCUUUGCAAUUGGAGCAAACAUCUCUAGGUAAUUGAUCUCAUAGAUCUGAGUAUAGCCCUUGGCAAUCAACCUAGUAUUGUAUCUCUCUAUAGAUCCAUUUGUUUGAUACUUUACUGUAUAAACCCAUUUACAUCUCAUGGGUCUCUUUCCUGUUGGCAACUUUACUAACCCUCAAGUUUUUCUCUUCUCUCACACCAUCUCCAAAUUCAUAGUUUGUUUCUAUUCCUUAUUAGAAAAGAUUUUGAAACAUUAUUUUGGAACAGAGGAACCUGGGUUAUCUCAAAAAGAUGACUAUUUCUUAUUUCUGUUACUCAAUUUUGUUGUGGUGCAUUGACACAUGAUGACUCAUAGACAAUCUUUUCUUUUUGAAAGUAUGGUGUUAGAAUUUGAUUGAAACAGUCCCUGGUAUCAUAUGAUCUAAAUCUUUUGACAUUGACCCCGAAUCAAUUUCUAAUUGUGGAACAAAAAAUUGGUUUGAACAGUACUAACAUCAGUUUUCUAUUUAUUUGAGCAGAAAAAUCCAAGCAACACAGGUACAAGCAUCACUAAAAGACACACACCAUCUUGCCUUAGAAAUAUUAGGUAUGGUGGAAGGACCCAAUAUAUCACCAUGAAUUAGAUAGAAAGGUAAUAGAGUUUGUCCCAUUUUCUAGCAUAUCCAAUCAUCUUCACCAAAUUCUUAUCAUAAAAUGCACGAGUAUGUUGAAAAAUUACUUUGCAAUAAGUUUUUGGACAUACAAGAUUUCUGGACAAUCUAGGGAUCCUAAGAAAAAUUUUAAAAGUCAGUGUAGGGUUUAUUAUAGCAUUUCCUACACCUCCAGUAGUAGUCAAAGAUCCAUCAGUUGUGACUAUUUUCCUACUGCUUGGACAAUGAGAGAAUGUGAAAAAGACAUUUGAUGAAUGGUUAGUAUGGUGGAUAGCUCCUGAAUCUAUUAUUCAGGAGUUGCAAAGGUUGUACCCGAGACAUUUUUAUCCAAUAGGGAACGGAAACUCACCUGAAUACCCAAAUGAACAGCAAUCUAUGAGUUUGUGAAGAUUCCCAAUGAAAGAACUCACCCCCUCAACUUCUUUGUUGAGACUAUCUGACUCAUUUGGUGUUGCUUCAUUCAUUUGGUUUUGCUUGACCAUUGUUCCUUGAUUGCUCUCUUUUCCGUCCCUUUCCUUGACUUUGAGGUUUUUCAUGGAAUUUCCAAUAACAUUCAUAAGUAUUACGUGGCUUCUUAUAAUAAGCGCAUCAUAUGCUAUCCUUAUGGUCACUCUCAGCAACAUGUGCUCUCUUAACAUUUGUGGCUGCAUUAUUGCUACCUCUAGACCCUAUGGCCAAGUUGUACGUACUUUGUGGCUCAAGAAUCAAGCCUCUUCUGUUUUCCUCUAAUCAAAAGUGUGCCACUACCUAUUAUACAAUGGAACCUCUUGUUUGUCGAUAAUCUGAAUUCUCACUAGAUCAAAUUCUCGAUUAAACCCUGCGAGAAGAUCAUAAACUCUCUCUUGCUCAAUGAAAUCCUUCAGAAUUGCUACAUCCUCGGGACAUUUUUUUUUUCAUCAACCUAUAAUGAUUAAGUUCUUGCCACGAAGAUUUCAACUGAUUAGCAUAUUCCGUAACUAUUUUGCUUUCCCGUUUUGCAGCAUGUCUUCACAUUAACUUCAUAUAAUUGAGCUGUCUGUAGCUUUACAAUAAUUAUGUUGAAUUUCAUCCCAGAUAUCCAUGGCUGUAGCCAAGAACAUAUGUGUGGUUAAUCUCAGGUGUCAUAGAACUCCAUAACCACACCAUAAUCAUGGAGUCUUCCUCAUCCCAUGCCUCAAAUUGAGGAUAUCUUAGUUUCGGGCCUGCACCUGUGAGAUGGCUGACCUUCCCUUUCCCUUUCAGUGCUGUGUGAAUAAGUUAGGACCUCUUGGGGCAAUUUUUUACAUCCUGCAUACAUGUAGCCUGAAGCUUGAAUAUUCUGCAAGUCUCUGGACUGUUGAAACCAUACAAAUUCUUCCAAUUGUGUUGUAGUGAAUGUUUCUACAACAUCUGACAUCUAAGGCAUAGGAUGGUAUGCACAACAUUCCGAAAUCUGCAGAAAAAACUGGCAGCUGUGGCAUUGAAAGGAUUGUUGGUACUUAAGUCUGAGAAAACCAACAAUAAAAGUUGAUAAUCAAGAGAGAUUGUGAACAAUUAACGCUGACGUGGAAAAUCACGACAAAGAUCACGGAUAAAAAAUUUCAAGCCGUAAGGCUCUGAUACUAUGACGCAAAUCAUACAAGGAUAAACAGUCGGGAAAAAUCUCUUCGGCAUCUCAAAUCAUAGAAAAAUUACUACAUAUAUACAACUACCUUGGCCACAAAAAAGGAAACUACAUAGGUUAAGGAAACUGACAAACUAGCAAAGUGAUGGACUAAGAAACUGCCGAACUAGGGAACUGACCGACAGAAACUAAUCCUAAUUACACGUUUUUCCCAUGUUUUCAAUAUUAUCUGAUCUUCAUUUAUCUACAAUGCUUAUCUGAGAUGGUCUAUCAUAUUUGCUCGGUCAUUUUGUUUUUCAGAUUUGAGGACGAUAAAGAUGUAAGCAGUCAGUUUUCAGAGUUGUGGGAUGAAACUGUAGGUAGUGAAAACAUCACGCUACAGUUGUAUUCAGCUGAAAUUGUCUCACUUCUCUGUAACUGUAUCACCUCUUCUUCAUGGGCUAGUAAGAGAAAGGUAAGGCUAUAAAGGCUUAAAUAGUUUAUGUAGAGACUAGAUUUCAUUUAAAGGGAUCCUGUAUAGCUCAGUAUCUAACUUGUCUCACUGCUUUUGUAUGCAUUUGUGAUUAAUUGCAGUCAGCGAAGGCAAUAAAGAAACUUAGUGAAAUAUUGCGCAAAUCCGUUUCUCCUUUCUAUCAAGAGUUGCUGAAAUGUCUUUUAGCAGAACUACCGGGUCGCAUGUGGGAGGUGCGUAUUAACCAGUUGACAUCAUAUGAUAUGAUUGUUUUUGGUUUUUUAAUGUUAUUGCAUUUUGGCUCACAAGCACACGAUCUAUUUUAAGUGGUAAGUAACCAUGGCAUACAAAAAACAAGAAAAACAGAUUAUAGCGUCCUCAGAAGCCAUGGCAACAAUGGUCUUCCAAAGAUCAAGAGCCUGAAGUGGCCAACUUACCCACUAAAAGGUCUUUUUUAGAAAAUAAAAAACAUAAUCGGUAACAUGAAAAAAAAGGGAAAGUUGAUGAAAGUCAGAAAAUCUGCUGAAAAAAGAUAUCAAUCAUUAGGAAUAAGAGGUUGAAAAUCUCCGAAGCUACUGUUAUUUUUCAUUGUCAAUCAUAUCAUAAAAGAUACCUACAGCAAUAUACUUCUAAGUUUUUGUCAACAACCAUAUUUUCAUGUUAUAAUACAUAUGAAUGCAAAUGGAUGGCAAAAUAUGUUAUCAAAUCCAUGCAUAUCAGAUAUUUCUCAAUUUAUGUAACUAAGAUCAAUGUGAGUAAAUAAUCUGCAAAGCCAAGCCCAAUACCAUGUCAGUCAUUAUCCCAUAUGUACAUGUUUCAUCCGCUUAAUUGUAUUGAUGAAGUCAGUAUUCAUUGAGCGCUAAUUGCACCUAUAUGAUAUCUCAAUAUAGGACUUUAACUAGGGCCAAGUUUGGUUGUAAAAUUUUCCCUAAUUUUGUAUAAGUCAUUUAAGGUAAAAAUCUACACUAUCUUUUAACCUGCUCUUUUUAAAUUUCUGGGUUUUUCUAUCUUCGUCAUUUUCUUUGCUAUUUAUGUGCUGGGGAUUUUAGCAUUUCGAUGUUGGUAGCUCUGUUUUCUGGUGAAGGCCUUUUCCUUAUUUUCUUACUUUUCUUUUCUUGUCUUUUCUCUGUCCUCCAUUGAUCAAUUUCAAAAGGGCACAUCAGUGCCAAGAAAGGUGAACAUUAGACAUGAAUGGAUUGAUGGAAUGUCUUUUUUGUCUCCAUUUUUUCUCCAAAAAAACAUCAUUUAUAGUCACGUUCAGGUAGCCUUUGGUUUGGCUGGAUCCGCUCAUGCCAAACCGAUUUGGGCUGGAUUUCUAAAUUUCCUGCUGUUCCUUCCACAGUAAGCUGAUCCAAUUACGACCGAUAUUGUGUUUUUUCGCACAACAUCGGCCAUAAUAAAUGGGAUCAUGCAUUAUUGAUUCUGAACCAAAUUGGACUGCUGUCUUUUUCGCACAGUGAUAAUAGUAGUACUCUUUUGUUCCUAAUGAGAAAUCAUCCUUCCAUUAUGAACGGAAUGUAUAUCAAAAAGAAUGUGAGCAGUCAAAGAUAAAACUAUGCGAAAACGCUGUCAAAUCAAUUUUGUUUUCGCUUUGAUCAGAUCAAUCUUCCUGCCUAGUCUCUGUAGAAAGGCAUAAUUGCUCGAUCUCUUUUGCUAUAGUUGCUUUUGUUCACUUAUUCUACGAUAUCGCAGGGUAAAGAUGCCGUGUUAUUGGCAGUGGGUUCGAUAUGUUCUUCAUGCCAUGAAGCAAUUUCUGCAAGUGAUCCGGGCACCCCAAAUGUUGUUAUGAAUGCAAUAUCAUCUGCAUGUACAAAGAAAUCUAAAGUUUAUCGUGAAGCAGCCUUGCUCUCUCUACAGCAGGUGAUGGCUGUUAAAUUUUGAGUUCUAAGACCCUUUCAGCUUAUUCAGCGUUUCAUAGUUCAUGCCACUGCUGUAUCACGCUAUUUACUGGAUGAUAACUAUAGAGAAAUUCCUUCUUUUUUUUUUUUUUUCAAGAAAGAUAUAUCGGAUCGUCUCUUUUCUCUGAUGCCGGAUGAUUGUUCCCUUCUCUCUUUGGUAAUUCUUAUCCUGCUUAUUGGUUCCUUCCUACGUCAGCUUUUCCUACUCUGUUUUCUUUGUCUUUCCCCAGUAACUAUCUGAGACAAACAAUUGAGCUGUUUAUCUCAGAUUUUCUUGGAGAAAGAGGGAAAAAAAAAAAAGAAUUCCGAAGUAAUGCCUUUAAGCAAGAUCUGUCGGCUGUAAAAUUUGCUUCAGAUUGCAAUCUAAGUAUGUAGGUAGGCAAAUUACUUACUAUGCAAUUGGAAUUCUGAGGUUCUGACAGUGAAUGAAACAUGCUUGUGCGGUGUUCCUUUGAUUUAUGAUAUAUAUAAGGUUAGAAGGCAAUUAAUGCUUUAAACAACGAUCCAGAGAAGUAGACAAGCAUAAAGCACAGAAAGAAAGUAAAUAUCUAAGAAGGCGGAAAAGAGAGAGCGUCGGUAGGUUCCAAUUCUUCCUUCAAGUUUAAGAUAGAAAAAAAUAAAAACAACUCCUUUUUUAGGUCUAUAAAGAUGCAGUAGAGUUCUUUAAGAUAAGAGAUUCACUCUAUACAUCUUUUGGCCUUUGGGUCAUAGAGAAGAAGAUCCAUGGUUAAGUCAGCGAGCAUUGAUCCACCUAUUACCUCAAGCCUUCUGCUCUAACUAAGAAGCCCAUCUUCCAGCAUCCCUCCUAGAACAUUACUUUAUCUGUGGUGUCAAAUAAAUUUCAAUUGUGGAAUGGAGAUAUGCCUAUAGAGGCAGGGGACAAUGUAUCAAAUCUCCCUAAAGUUAGGAUUGGAUCUGGCUUAACUAUCUGGGAUAAUGAUCAUUUUUCUUUUGAUAGAUGAUAAUUAAGACCUAUAUUGCCGUAUUCUAUAAAGUAUUGUUGGUAGAACUAUCUAUCUAAUGGAUGACAUGCUGCUCUCCCACUCAUCUCUCAUAUUCUAUUUGAUUUGUCUCACUCAAUCGUUGCUUAUCUUAACCAUAAAAAAUACAAGGAUCUAACAUAAAAUACGAGAAUAUAGUCUUAAACCAUAAGAAAAGGCGAGGAUUUCGAGCAUAUGCAUCCAUAUAACUUAAAAGACUAUGAUUCACUAGCCCUUUUUCUGAUGAUAAAUUUCAUGUCUGUUUCAGGUUAUAAAAGCAUUUGACGACCCGGAGUCCUUCAAUGGCACCUUUCCUUUAUUAUUAUCUAUCUGCAAUGAGGCAAUGACUAAGAUUGCCAACACACCUUCCGCUAGUGCUCCUUCUCGAGCAGGUGAAUCUCUGAACAACAUCAUAUGUGGCCACUGUUUUCCCUUUACGCAUCUCCUAGAAUCAAAGGAACUCACUCUAUAAGUAAGGAGAAGAUUUAUUUUAUUUUAUUUUAUUUUCUCCACUGUUGUGUCUUUCUUAUCGGAGAAAAUAAAAUAAAAUAAAAUAUUUUAUCAAAGAGAUUUUAUCAGAGAAAAAGCAUUGGUGUACUUUUUGUUUAUAUUUUAUUAUAAUAAUCAUGUUCAGAAGAAAAUUAAAAAAAAUGAUGGCAGGUGAUCUCUCUUCUUUUCUUCUUCUUUUCUUCUUCUUUUCUUUUGAGCAGCUGCUGGAGAAGACAAAUCAGAAGAAGACGCUUCAGUCCCGCUGGACAAAGUUGUCGACUGUAUAACCUCGGGAAUCCACGUGGCCCGUCCGGAGGACACUCUGGCGAAGGGAAAAGACCUGAUACACGUCUUCCACGUGGCCCUCUCAUCGAAGUUCUCCUGGCCUGGUAGCUUCCGCCCCCCUCCACAUCAGUUCGUCUCCUUUCUUCUGCGUGGCGUUGACCUUCACCUGCCCCCGCCCUGUGUUCGCAGUGAAGCUGGCCACCUUUGCAUCAAUCAGAGAGCUUUGCUCGAAGCUCCGCACCCAUCCGAAGUCCUCCCCGCUUGCUUCUUCCUUCGUUCAUGAGGUGAGACACCAACCAUUUGUCCUUUAUUUAUUUAUUUAUUUAUUUAUUUAUUUCCCAAACUUACUCAUUUUUAUUGAUAAUUCUGCUCUGUGGUCCUUUCCAGCUGGUCAACGACGUCGCCCCUAAGGUGGUCGAGUGCAUAAGCACCAUAAAGAUUUCCCAGGUCCGCGGUCAACCUGUCCAGCCCUCGGAUUCUCAUUUAUACCCCUCAAAAUAUACGACUUUCCUCCCAACUCCUCUCUCCUGCUGCCAACUGCAGGUCCAUAUGGCGGCUUCAGAGUGCCUCCUGGAGAUGAUCAGCCUGUGGAAGGAAGCUCCUCCAGUUGACCCAAAGCUGACCUUCAUCGAAGAGCUCACCCACCUGUGCGAGGUCGAGAAGAACGAGCAAGCAAAGUCUUUGCUCCAUCGCUGCCUCGCUGACCUUCAAAACCUCGGCCCAUUAUAA